CUCUCCUGCAUCCGUCCCUCAACCCGCGCGCAGUUUGCUUCCCAACGUCUGUAGCGGCUUGUCGGCACCGCGCGCUUUCAUUACUCCCACUUCCCACUUUCUCUCUUCUUUUGCCUCGGUGUCCUGAUAGAUUGAGGAUUCAUUUUCUGCAAUCCUUAACAAUGAACGCCCAUUUUUUCUUAUUUUUUUCAAUUUUGUCGGGAGGCUCCUGCUCUGAGGCAGAACACAGGUUGUUCUCAGUGAUAUUCUCCAGCUACAAUCAGUACAUCCGCCCAGUGGAGAAUGUGUCUGACCCAGUUAUUGUGCAGUUUGAGGUGUCCAUGUCCCAGCUGGUCAAAGUGGAUGAAGUUAACCAGAUUAUGGAGACAAACCUGUGGCUGAGACAUAUCUGGAAUGACUACAAACUGAGGUGGGAUCCCAAAGACUUUGGAGGAGUGGAGUUCAUUCGAGUGCCUUCCAGCAGGAUAUGGAAGCCAGAUAUCGUGCUGUACAAUAAUGCAGUAGGAGAUUUCCAGGUGGAUGAUAAGACCAAGGCCCUACUUCGCUACAAUGGGGAUGUGACCUGGAUCCCUCCGGCCAUCUUCAAGAGCUCUUGCAAGAUUGACGUCACCUACUUCCCCUUUGACUACCAGAACUGCACCAUGAAGUUUGGCUCCUGGACGUACGACAAGGCCAAGAUAGACCUAGUUCUGAUUGGGUCCACCAUCAACCUCCAUGACUUCUGGGAGAGUGGAGAGUGGACGAUCAUCAACGCCCCGGGUUACAAACACGACAUCAAGUACAACUGCUGUGAGGAGAUCUACACAGACAUCACCUACUCCCUGUACAUCAGACGGCUGCCUCUCUUCUACACCAUCAACAUGAUCAUCCCCUGUCUGCUCAUCUCCUUUCUCACUGUGCUGGUCUUCUACCUGCCUUCUGACUGUGGGGAGAAGAUCACUCUAUGUAUCUCCGUCCUCCUCUCUCUCACUGUGUUCCUCCUGGUCAUCACCGAAACCAUCCCGUCUACGUCGCUGGUCAUCCCCCUCAUCGGGGAGUACCUCCUCUUCACCAUGAUCUUCGUCACCCUCUCCAUUGUCAUCACUGUGUUUGUGCUGAACGUGCACUACCGCACGCCCAAGACCCACACCAUGCCGUGCUGGGUGCGCAACGUCUUCCUGGGGCUUCUACCCAGGGUGAUGUUCAUGACCCGGCCGGAGAGGGACCCUGAGAGGCUGCCUGAGCCUGGGGGGGUGGUUCAGCAGCUGAUGCCCCCAGCCUCGCGGCCCUGUGUGGUCCACACCACAGGCACCCUGCAGGGGCAGCAGAAGCCCCAGGCCCUGGUCUCCACCGUGGCUGCCAGUGUGCUCCCGAGCCUGGCCCAGCGACAGCGCCUCUUCAUCAGCACGGAGCUCACCAACCUCAAUAACCUUAGCCUUGGUGGUGGUGGGGGUGGUGACUCGGUCAAUGCGGGCUCCAGCUUCCUGUGUCGCGAGGGCCGCUGCAACUGCUGCUGGCGCCAGAGGUCCACCAAGCUGCCCACAGAGACGGGAGGAGGGGGUGGCGGGGUGGGGAGCAUCGGGACCUUUAGUGGAGGAGGGGCUGCUGGGAUUGGGGGGGUCUGUGGAGGCGGUGGAAGCUCCUGCUCCAGCUCAGAGUCUCUGGAUGGCAGGCUGAUGACCCUGUCCCCUCACUUCUCACCGGAGGUCAGGGAGGCCAUGGAAAGUGUCAAGUACAUCGCCGAAAACAUGAGAAUACAGAACGAAGCCAAGGAGGUCCAGGACGACUGGAAGUACGUUGCCAUGGUGAUCGACAGGAUUUUCCUGUGGGUGUUCAUCUUGGUGUGUAUCCUGGGGACCGCUGGGCUCUUUAUCCAGCCCCUCCUAUUGUUCGAUAUGUGACCCACUCAUACACACAGCAAUUACAUAGAGACUGAGUGUUUUAAAUCAUACAUAUACAGUCACUUUGUGUGUCGCCCAGUGAUGCAGACCAAAGAAGCUGAGACAAACCAAUACUGUGAACGGAAGGGAACCAGAUUAUGGAGGAAGGCAAGCUGCUGCCAGCUGUUCCAUGUCACUUCUUUGUAUGUAGAUAUGUUUCUGAUUGCUAAAGUGUGGUGUAGUAUUGAUCUCUUAGUUGCUAAGGACCAGACUGAAACAAUGGCAACGUAUAACUCUGCACUGCUGCCUACCCAUUCCCUUAUGUUUGCUCUGUGUAAAUUACUUCAUCAUAGUGUCACUUGAUUAUGACUGGCACAAAGAAACACACUAUCGUCAACAAAAGGACCGUGGCUAAAGGAACAUCUAUUGGACCUAAGGAUCCCAAACAUGUACAUAGCAAUGACUGCUUAAAGGGGCUUUCCAAAAGUACACAAGUAUCUCAAGUCAAUAUCACAGCUUAUUGAAUUCAUAUCAUGUUUUCAAAUGUUGAACAUCACUGAGUCAUUUUGACUUUGUUUAUUUGUGAAAUAUUCAUGUCUUCUAUAAACUUACUGUGUGUUCUUAUUUACAGCUAUACAGUACCAUUCAAAUCUGAUUCUAAUGAUCAUUAAGAUUUCAAUGAACCACAGUGUCACAUAAUAUACGGAUAAGCUAUUCAUAGAAAUCACAAACUGGUGAACAUUAAAUGGCUAUGAUGCAAGAUGGGUAACUUUAUUACACCAUGUGGGUGAAUGUGGAAAAACUCUGAGUGACCUGAAAUGCUUUUCAUUGUGCUGUGAGGGGUGACACCAUGUGGUUAUUAUCUGCUACUACAAGUGACAGCAAUAUGAUCCAGUGGUCACUACCGUAUGUCUGCAAGCAAAGACACAAGAUUUUGUGUCUUCAUUUUGCGUUUUUAAUUUGGUUUGGCGAAGCGCUCCAUUUGGACGACUUUGAAAACAGCUCUCCAAAGGCUCUUUCAACAGAAACGUCUGUCUGCCAUGAUCCAUGGUCAUUGGAUGAAGUGACUUCUGAAGAGGAGUGAACACAUGCUAACCUACCUGUAAACUCAUUGCAUUCCCAAAUCGAUAUUUCUCUCCCUUAUGAAAAUUGAGUUUGGAGGUCCAGCUGGCAGGCAGGAUGUAGAUGUGAUUAUCAGUAGCAGCAAGGCCAUGUAGAGGUUGGAUUACAUCCUCGCUGCCUGCCAGCCUGCCUACCAUCCCUGCCUCUCUAGCUCCCUGCCUGCCUCCCCUCUCUGCCCCGGGCCCCCUUCAGCUUUAUUGGAUCACAAUCAAUAUGGAGACCUGGUGAUGAAGUACAUCAUUAGUCUGGGGCCUGGGCUACGGUCUUCAUCUCACCAUCCUAUCGCUAUGCCAAAGAGCAUUUCUCCUGCUUUAACUUGAAACUACUUAUACUCUCUGUUAAUAAGGAGGAUGUGGUUGAGAUCUCUUGUUAUGUUGUACCAUCAUUCAAAAACCAGUUUGGUGUACAAGAGGAGGAUAUUCACAGUUAGGAGUUAUAUAUAUCUAUGGCCUGUGGUAUCUAUGAUAGAGUGAUACAUUUAAAAGAGGAUUUUUGGGGAGCGUUUCAAUCCUACAUUUAGGCGGACCUGGAAUCUCUGGAUGUUGUUUCUGUUGCUGUAUGUUGUAGUCAGUAAACUGUAAUCAGAUUGUCACUGUGAAUCUUAACUGGAUGUUAGCCAGGACAGUCACAUACUGUAGUACUCCAUAACGUCUGAUAACAUUCCCUCUGCUGAUUGAUUGAAUUAAAGCUCACUCAGGGCUCAUUUAAGUGAACUAGUUAUCCGAGGGGGAGAUCUGUAACAGACACAGUAUUCAAGACUGAAGGUUGUGGGGGGUUGAGUGCAUUUAUGGAAGAGAGAUGGUUCCAUGUCUGAGUAACCUUGUCUGAGACCUGAAGAUUUGCAUUGCAUGCAGGUGACCCGCGUUCUGUCCCUGUUGGUCACACUUAAGAAUCGUCCCAUUGUUUUUGUCCCUAUAAUAUCAUUUCGCAUACUUUCAUUUGAGAAGAAAGCAUGAGAAACUUGAGAAGAGAGCAAGUUGAGAUCAUUGAUUCCAUGCACCUGUUGAUCUUUUGAGUUAUGCAUGGUCAAUGUUAAAUAAUACAUAUCAUCCUCCAGGUCUGUGGUGCAAACAUAUCUUCUAGCUGCUACAGUCCUACAAAUACAGGAAAUGACAUCAUUCGUAUUCACUAUUCUCAGUUAAGAUGUCUCAAAUAAAAAGAACCCCAUCUAGUUUCAGGUCCAUACCACAAAUACACAAGUGUUGUGUCUUUGCUAUGCCGGAUUAAGUGAUAUGACAUGCUAUUUUAUAAAAUAAUUUCUCUGCAAUUAAUAUUACCUGAUUAAACUAAUCAUGUAAAUGUAAUUAACUAGGAAAUCGGGGCGCCACGGAAGAAUGUCUAUAGAGCUGUUGUCUUCCGA